CUCAUUAUUAUUACAAUGGACACAUAUUCUGAAUAUACUUGAUUAUAUACAAGAAGCAUGGUGGUCACCAAUAUUAACACCAUUAUCAUUAAUAACACAUUUAUCUAUAAGUAGUCAAUUACAAUCUUAUUGUGAUUUAAUAUAUCAUCAUGAGUUAUAUGUUGAACAUUUUAUAUCAAUAACAACACAUUAUCAAUUAUUAUUAUUAUUUUUUAUUUGA